AUGCCGAAAAGUUCUGCAGAGGGGUAUUCAUGCUAUAAACUCAAAGUCGAUGAUGUAUUAUGGAAAAAAAUUCGUUGGAAUAAAGACUUAACUAACAGGUUAUGUAAAGGUUACUGUAAAGAUGCUGCUAGUAAUUAUGCAUAUUCUGGAACAGUUCACACACAGUGCUAUUGUCGGGAAACGGAACCGUUGGCGAUACAAAAAGUUGAUGAUGAUAAAUGUACUUAUACAUGUCCAGGUGACAAUGGAGACAUUUGUGGAGAUGUCGACAACGGUUACCGGAUUACUGUCUCAAAAAUAGAUUCUGCAGAGAGGUAUUCAUGCUAUAAAUUUGAUACAUUAUGGGGAACACCUCAUCGGAUUUUAAACCUAACUAACGGGUUAUGUGAACGUAACUGUAAUGAUGCAUAUUCUGGAACAUAUAGGCCAUACUGCUAUUGUCGGAAAACGGAACCGUCGGCGUAUUACAAAGUUGAUGAUGAUGAAUGUGCUAUUGAAUGUCCAGAUCGAACAACUGUUACUAUGACCGAGAAAAAUACCCAAGGGACUAGUAAACCAUCUGUGUCUACAAGAGUCUCAGCUAUGACAGAGUUCAUGAACAUGAUAACUAGCGACACAUCAUCGGCAAUAGCUACGAAAAGUACGCAUUAUACUACACAGGAUUUAUCAAGUACAACAUCUCAAAAUGCAAAUAAUGAUAUUUCAUCUGUUAUUAUUGAGACUUCAACACCAGGAACAACAGGUAUUGCAUAUGGUUACGCAAAGUAA